CUAAUUGGAAGCCACCCAUUGAAAAAAAAGUGAGUACCCAACAAAUAACAAUUAGGCUGCUCUGUUAACUCUAUUUAUGCUCUGAUUUUUAUUCGGGCAAGUAAUAACUUCUUCUCUUAUUUCUUAUAUAAAGGCUCUGUUUCUCUCUGAAGCUUCAAGUUGUUGGGGAGAAAUGUAUGCAGACACUGGGUUUUUGUUUCCUUAUUUUCAGAAUUUCACUCAGGAAGCUCAACAGCUUGAUGAAUACUGUAAAACCCAGAGGUCCGGUGCUUCAAUGGGCAACCUGGUCCAGACCUCUAUAUCGGAAUAUGACUUGGGAGGAGAAGGGGAUCUGUUCAAAGCUCCUGAACCCAUCAUUGAAGAACCAGUUGUGACCCUUGAUCCAAUGAUGGCCGCCAUUUCAAUCAUAUCUUGUGGGGAAGAUGUUAUGUCGACCCAAGGACUCAAGGUUGCAGACAUUGAAUCACUUCAAAAUGAGCAGCUUUUGAGUGAGGUUUUCUAUGAGUGCAGGAAGGAUUUAUUGGAAAAAGCCGCAAUAGAAGCACCACUCUCUGAGGUCCUGGAUAUCAAGAUUCCUCUUUCAAGGACAGAUGAAAAUCAAAUUCAAGAGAACAAACUUCCUGUUGUGCCAUUCCAGAAAAGUGUCAGCUCAGAAUGUUUAAGCUCAAUGGAUUGGAUGCAUGGAGCUGCCGCCAAGCCAAGUUUCCUGGAUUUUCACGGCAUGGAUUUUGGUGCAGUUUAUGGAAUGCGGAGGGCAUUUAGUGAAGGAGACAUAAAGACUCUUGGUAAUGGCAUGAACCUCAUCCAUUCUCCUUGUGAGCGCCAAUUAAUUAACAGCAACUGCACUACCGAAGAGCGCCAGGAAAAGCUUUCCAGAUAUAGGAAUAAGAAGACAAAGAGGAACUUUGGCCGGAAAAUCAAGUAUGCUUGCAGGAAGGCUCUUGCUGACAGUCAACCAAGGAUUCGUGGAAGGUUUGCAAAGACUGAGGAACCAGAUGCCAAGAGGGAGUAAUUGUUCACUAGUUCAGUACGAGGAAUCGUGAAGUAAUGAAAGAGAGAGCCGAAGCAUGGAAAAUAGACUCAGACUCGAUGAAGAGUUUAAAUAGAUAUUUCUCAAUAAACCAGAGACCCCAACUCUUGUAGCCUCCCUUCAUCUCUUUAUUUGUAGUAAUAACCACCUAUGUAGAUUGAAAUACUCAAGUAGAGUUGUUGUACAUGAGUUUGCUAAAUAAACGAGGAAGCAAAA